CUUGUGUAUGUGGGUGUGGAAAGCAGAGGACCGGGUCUCUUUACUCUGAAAAAAGUCAGUCCUCACUCACUCUGAGCUGGAUAUACUGAACAAGAAUCAUGCUGCGCUUCAUCCUGUUGGUUUAUUGUUUGUCAAGUGCAACAAACUCAGAGCUGUUGAGCCGUCACAGAAGGGCGUGGAUUAUUGACUCCUUUGAGAUUGAGGAGGGUCAUCCAGGGCCAUUCCCAUAUGAGUUGGGCAAGGUGAGUGUUGAUAGGGAAUAUCGAAUAUACUUUGAACUGCAUGGACAAGGGGUGGACGAGGAGCCGACAGGAGUCAUCUCCAUAGACGAACACUCUGGCAUGUUGAACGUCCACAAGGCCGUGGACUAUGAGAAGUGGCACGCACUUGAGCUAAGAUUUGAGGCCAGAAAAAUGGACAUAUCAAUUGACACCAGGUUAGGAAUUCAGAUUUCUAUAAAGGACAUCAAUGACAAUCCACCACGCUUUGAGAGGGAUCUGUAUGAGAUUAACCUUCCUCAGGAAUCCACACAAGGCUCCAAUCUUUUGAAAGUGCAUGCGACCGACAUAGACAAGAGUGGAACACUAAACUCAACCUUCCACUAUGAAAUCAAAUCUGUGUCUCCAAAUGUUAGAGACACUCAAUUCAUCAUUGAUGAGUCUGGAUACAUCUCAUUCAAAGGAUGUUUAAAUUAUGAGGUGGCUGAAAAGUUUACAAUAGUGGUGGAGGCCAAAGACCACGGUGAAGUAGUCAAACUGUCCAGUUCAACCACUGUUGUAAUUCACGUAGGGAAUGGCAACAACCACCUUCCAGUCAUCAGCGGUCAAACGGGCACUGGUAAAGUGAAAGAGCUUGAGACUGGGGUCUCUCCUCUGAGGCUGCAUGUGACAGACAAAGACACCCCUCACACCUCGGGAUGGCGAGCCAGAUACACCGUACAUGGUGACGAGAGAGAGAACUUCCAGAUACUAACAGACUUAGAGACUAAUGAUGGGAUCCUGACAGUAGUUGAACCUUUAGACUUUGAGAAUGGGGCACAGAGGGAGCUGUUGAUCUCAGUGGAAAACGAGGCACCGUAUUACUCCUGUGAAGUAAAAGAGAGGACGCCCUCAGGCCUCUGGAAAGUUGACACCAUUAAAGGCCAUGAUCCCUCUGGUGCAGCUGAACCUCAGUCUGUGAAAGUCACCAUUGAUGUGGAGGAUACCAACGACCCUCCUGAGUUCAGCAUGACGGUGAAAGAGGUCAUGGUGAUGGAGAACGUACCUGUUGGAACCUGGUUUGAUAAAGUGAUGGCUGUGGAUCCUGACUCCAGUUAUUCCAAAGAAUUUGUUUACAAGGUAGGAAAUGAUCCUGCUGGCUGGGUGACGGUGGAUCCCCUCACAGGAAACAUCACAAUGAUAAAGACGCCCGACAGAGAAUCUCCACACGUUGUUAACGGCAUCUACACCAUCUUAGUGUAUGCAGUUGACAAAGGUAUACCACCAAUGACAGGAACAGCUACACUACAUAUCCAUGUGUCUGACCAGAAUGACAAUGUGCCACAGCUAACAGUGGACAGCCUGGAUGUGUGUGUGUCUGAUGCCCCCACAACCACCAACAUCGAGGCCUUUGACCCAGAUGAAGCACCUUAUGGAGGGCCUUUCACUUUUGAACUGUUGGGAAAUGUUGAAGGAAAAUGGAGACUGAAUCCUGACUAUGGUGACACAGCUGGUCUGGUGAAGGAGCCCGGUGUGUACCCUGGUCAACAUACAAUUCAUCUAAAGAUCUCCGACAUGCAGGGAGCAUUUAAAGUUUACAACCUCAGUGUGACUGUAUGUGGCUGCACUGUGACACCAAACUGUCGAAUUCGCCAGAACUCUGAAAUAAAAGUUGGACCUUAUGCUUUAUGCAUAAUAAUUUCUUCACUCUUACUACUUCUAUUUCUGCUGCUGCUGGCAUUCACCAUCUCGACCAAAAGAGAGUUCGUCACUAUGGAGCCUGAAGAUCGUUCUGGAGGAAUCCUCCUCCAAUCAAACACUGAGGCACCAGGAGACAACUGCGAGAUUCUUGCCACUAUUAUGGAAGAACCUGAUGGUUUGGAGUACUAUAAUCACCCUAAUCUCAAUAUUCCACUGAAUGGGAUGGUAAAUGAAAGAUAUUCGGCAACGAUGGGUAUUAAUGAUGUUCCAAAUUUUGGCAGUUUUCGGAGUCAACUCAAAAAGCCAAGAAGGGAUUUUACACAGAGGUCCAUCCACCCACGCUUUGGGAAUUCCAGAAGAGAAAGCCAAUACAGCUACACUGGAAACCAGUCAAACUGGAAUUUUUCACAAACCACUGGCUAUGACAGCAGCAAUCAGUUUGAAGACAUGGGCAAUAUGAACGUUGUCCGAAAACGAAACUUGAGCUGUGCUAUGGAGUCUAAUGACAUGCAGGUUAAACGGCUUCAGUACGUAAUCUGUUCAGCAGUGACCUCACUCCGGAAGAAAGAAGUGGACUUAGGAGACGAUGAGCUUCACAUCUAUGCAGAGGAGGGGAACUCAGACACCACCUCAGACCUGGAGGCAAUCAUUAUUUCUGAAGAGGAUUCAUUUCAGGACACACUGAAAGAUCUUGGUCCAAAGUUUCACCAACUGGCUUCUAUUUGCAGCCCGACACAAACACAGUACUCAGGAUAUCCUGUUAUGUAGCAAACAUUUUUGUUUCAAGUGUGAGGAAGAAUGCAUUUAAACCCUUUAUUCUAUUCAGAUUUGGGGUUAAUUAAAAAGGGUUUGUGGCAACCACUUCUGCAUGAGAUAUACUACCAGAGAGAGAUAUUGUUAAUCACAUGUAUUUAAUGACUGUGCCACAUGCAUCUUCAGUUUUCAUAUCAAAAUGAGGAAAGAAAAGCAUAAGUGCACAGUUGCUGAAUCACAAGAGAUUGUUCUUCCCUUUAAUGUUAGGAUCCAUAAUGCAAAUUUGCCUUUGGGAUAAACAAAAAAACAAAAAUCAUCUUCACUGAGUGCUCAUGCAAAGCGUGGAACUCAAGGUGGUCCCUCUUAAACAAGCAGAAAACUACAGUAUUUACAACAGUUUUAGGAAAAUGGAAACCCUUCACAGUCUACCUCUACCAACUAUUGGGAGCGCUCUCUUCUCAGUGGUAUUCGGCCCACUUGGUCCUGGUAAAAAGGCAUUUUUUGUUAUUUACUUUUUUUGCGGGGUGAGGCUGGAGAUUAAAGAGAUUGUGGGGUCUUUGUCACAGUGCUUAUCUCUGAGAGGUUCCUCCUCCUGUUUAAAAACAAACUGGUAUAUAUAUACCCAGAGCUUAAAAUUAAUGCUAAAAUAAAAAUGAAUUGAUUAUGUGGUGUCCACAGUAAUCAGGUUUGAAGAGCUCCUGAAACUGCCUACACCACAUACAUACUGGGAGUUAGUCACGAUAGGUAAAGCAUGUCUUUUUGAAGAAAUAAAAGAUCUUGUUUUGUGUUGAAUCUCAAGCAUCUGUGGCCCGGAUAGAUGUGUGUUAUUUUGCCUGUAGUGUUAAAGGUGUUACAGGGUUUUGGACUCAGUGUUUCUGAGAACAGUUUGGGUUCUGUUUUGGUUUUGAGGAUCAUUUGUGUUUGAGGUGUACUCCUUUUGUAUUAUACGUUGUAUUGUUUAUAUUUUUGCUUUAUCUCCCAGCGGUCUCAGUGCUUCUUGUUUAAGUAGUGUUCAGUUUAUUCUGUUCAGGUCUGUGUUUUGUCCUCCUGUGUUUCAUGUGCAAAGUUAGUCUUCUCUCCCCUGUCACAAUUAGCGGGCAGCAUGUGGAGCAGAGGGGACAACCCAAAUGCAGACACACGGAGAAAAGAAGGCGAGCCGUUUAACCAGGCUGGUUGUCAAAAAUGGCAAAAAUAAGAAAACCAAACUGAAAAAGGAACAAAUCGUGAAAAACUCAACUGGAAAAACACUAGGUAAGCCUGGAAACACUAAGAACUUGGAGACAGAGAGCGGGAGAGCGAGGGACACAGAGAGAUAAAUAAACAUGGAGACAAGACAGAAAGGGGAACAUUAAAGGAAAUCUGACAACCUACAAUUAACCUGAAUCACAAGGCAUAAACAACAUAAUCAGAAAACUCAUAAGCACAAGAAAACUAAUCUAAGAACUAUAACUCACUAUUCAAGAUCAAAACAAUAAACAAACAAGAUUCAUACGUCCAAAACACAAACACUGGGUCAACAACCCAGAACUAUGACAUCCUCAUUCAUUUGUGUCUGUCUUCCUGUUUUACUUUGGUGAUUGUUGUUGUAUGUUGUAGGUUUUUUUCUGUGAUUUACCAGAAAUAAAACUUGGUUUUGAGUUCA